GGGUGCAGAGUCCCCACGAAGGGCACGCCCCGUCCCUGCUGCGCCCGGCCGUGCGGCGCCCUCCUGGCGCGGCUCUGUGCCCGCGGCGCCCACUUCCCGGCCCUCCUCUGCAGCGUCGCCAGCGGGAGAAGGCCGGUCUUUGGGGCUGGAGGAGGCCGCUCCAAGGGGAGGCUCUGCCUGCAGGAUGUGGCCGAGCGGCUGCGCACCGGGGCCUGCCAGAGGGUCGUGGUCAUGGUGGGCGCCGGCAUCAGCACGCCCAGCGGAAUCCCGGACUUCCGGACUUUCAAUGAUUCUACUCGCCUGUGCCCCUUCCGGCGGGGGGCGUCCUCCCUGGGUGGGGUCCCAGUACUCCGGGCUGUGGGGCGGAGCUGUGCUCUGGGCUUGCUUUUAGUCUCUGGCAUCCCGGCCUCCAAGCUGGUGGAAGCUCAUGGAUCCUUUGCCUCUGCCACCUGCACUGUCUGCCGAAGACCCUCCCCAGGGGAGAGCUUUUGGGCAGACGUGUUGGCGGACACAGUCCCCCGCUGCCCGGUCUGCACUGGCAUCGUGAAGCCUGACAUUGUGUUCUUUGGGGAGCCGCUCCCCCAGAGGUUCCUGCUGCACGUGGUGGACUUCCCCAUGGCAGACCUGCUGCUCAUCCUUGGGACCUCCCUGGAGGUGGAGCCUUUUGCUAGCUUGUCUGAAGCCGUGCGGAGCUCAGUGCCCCGGCUGCUUAUCAACCGGGACUUGGUGGGGCCCUUGGCCUGGAGUCCUCGCAGCCGAGACGUGGUACAGCUGGGGGACGUGGUCCAGGGCGUGGAAAGGCUGGUGGAGCUUCUGGGGUGGACCGCAGAGCUGCAGGACCUCGUCCAGCGGGAGACUGGGAAGCUGGGCGGAGCGGACAGAUAGGGCGACGGGAGCAGCCCACGCGGAGACCUCGGUCUGGAGGACGCAGCUCGGCAGCACUUGGCCAGCUGCGGCCAGCAGCCCGGAGCAGAGCUGCGGCGCCCGGCCUGAGCCCCGCGCCACCCUCCUGGAGGCCUCGCGCUCCUCGGCGGGCGCCCGCGCACCUCCGCAGCCCAGCCCAGCAGCUUCGGGCACAGCGGCGCCCGGAACCGGGCGAGUGGAGGCCCGGGCAGCCACCUGCCCGCGCAGGGCUGUCCCUGGGUUCAGCAGCGCCACGUCGGUCUCCUCAGCGGGGUUUCUUUUAGAGAAACUUACCUUCAUUUCUGGCACAAAAUAAACUUUGAUAUGAGAAGCGGGGAUCCUUUACUUGUGUCCUCGAGGUGCAGGGACCUACCCAAAGGGUGCUCAGUGGGCCCUGCUGGGGUGCCCUGAGCCCCAGGGACCCCACAUGCUCGCUGGAGGCCACCGUGUCCCGGUGGGAAGCGACCGUCUCCUCCCCCUUCCACCAGGCUGUGGGUCUCCGGGGGCCCCCGCCUCAGCCCUGUGCCCUUCCAUCUGCCUGGCUGGCGCCCAGCAGACUUAGCUGAGCGGGACU